GAAGUGGCCAGCCCAGGUCAAUGUUUAACGGGGCUUACCAAAUCGGGAUUCAGGAAGGAAGGGUUUGGGGAGGCAUAGCCAUGGAAACUGGCCUACCGGACACCCAAUCAGCUCUGCAUGUGUGUGGUCAGGCAGACCGUGAACGUUGCCGUGGAGGGAACCUGGGAGCUUUACACACAGGCAUUGCCUUCAAAGGGAGCCCAAGGCACAGCUCUGUGCAGCGGCCACGUCCAGGAACUCCUUCACCUAGUCUUUUUAUGCGUUGAAUGCCAUAACUCAGCAAAAUGGGUCUGAGCUACUCCAGGGCUCAUCAUAAGGUGACAAAAGUGGCCCCCGUGCAAACCAAAGAGGAUGGGCUUCCUUCUCCUUGCACUGCAGCGGUGUGUGAAUUUCGGAGCACCCUGGGAGACAGCUGUGCAUGUUCAUUCGCAGGCCUGGAGGAGAGAAAUCCAGUGUUUCCAAGGCAGCUUCCACCCCUAAGAGAAACUCGGUAUGGCAGAUGCUCCACAGUGCCCAGACCCAUUUCUUUUGACAUCAUGAUGGAAAAGGGAGAAACAAGUAUUAUUAAACGGCAUCCUCCUCGAAGACUCCAAAAACUUGAACCCGCUGACCUGCCGCAAGUAAUCACAUCUGAAAUGCUCCUCAGCCAGCAGGAUGGGGCAGCGGUGCGAAAAGCAAAGGAGCUGGAGAAGCAAGUGCAGACAGCCAAACACUCCUCUGGAAGACGCCAGCACUUGCACAAACUGCAGAUGUUAGAAAUGAACCGCAGGCGAGACGAGAUGAAUCAUUUACAAAAGCAGGAGGAACAGGAGAGAAGUCUCCACAGGGAGGCAAAAAUCAACAAACAAAAAACGGGGGAGCUCAAGGCUAAGAAAGUCCUGGGAAAUCUUCAGCAAAACAAUUGCUCUGAAGGUGAAGACCUUGUCCCCAUCGAGCAUGAUCAAACUUUUAAUAGAGAUCAUGGAAAUACUUGGGAUGGAGAAUUCAUAGUGCGACAUGAGGAUGCUGAAUCCUAUCCAAAUAAGAGCAGUAAAGUGGAAAUGUGGUUUGUAAAGCCUCAGGAUCCUAGAGAUCUAUUUUGGGACAGCUCUAGCACUGACUCAGAGGAAUGGAAAAGAGAAGAGAGAAAGCUCAGUCGUAGACCUGCACUAGUGAGAACCAGGACGGAGAGAAUCCCUCUGUUUGAUGAGUUCUUUGAUUAGGAAUUUUAACUACAAACAGGAUGGGACUGGAGCUACGCACAGAAAAAAAACUCCUCAGUCUCUGAUUAUGCUUUAACAGUCUGGUUGGAUAAACUGAAGUUGUUAAGAAUGACUUUUCUUGUGAAGUAAACAGAGUUUGUGCAGGUAUGAAGAAAUACAAAGCAAUACUGCCAA